AUGAAUUUGUUCACGUUACACACGAAAAAUGGGUUUUACAUAUACAGAUGUAUACCCAUCAACACAUUGCAAAACGACACAGCAAAAAAUGGGAAUUCCUCAGAGGAGGAGCCCACGGAGCUAAUCAACAACUUUAAGCCGGAUUGCAUAUGGUCACAGGACAGGUUCGCGAGACAGUGCGUGUGUUCAUACAACAACAACCUGGCAGUGCUGGACGACCGCUCAGGACUGUCAAUCAUAUACAUGAAAAACGGAGUGAGCUCGGACCUGGCAAUAGACACACUGAGAGGAGUGGGGAAGUUUAAGAACAUGUACACGCCGCUCGGAUGCAAGAACAUUAAGCACCUGCAGUGGUCGAACAACGGAAUUUAUUUGGCAGUGUACUUUAACCUGCCAAACUACUCGGAGGCAGGACUGUGCCUGGACGACAACCUGCACAUAUGGGACAUCUCGAAGAAAAACAUAGUGGCGACCUUCAGCACGAGAAGGCUGUCGCCGGAGCAGUGGCCAGUGAUCAAGUGGCUGGGAGACUCGGACAACUUCGCACUGUGCCACAACCACCAGGUUAACGUGUACUCGAUAGCGUCGGAGCCCUCGUCGCUGAAGACCGUGCGCUGCCUGCUCUCAAUAGCAGUGCCAAUGGUGUUCAGCGUGGAAGUGUUCCACAAACCGCAGAAGAACGGAUGCCUGAGCGAAGGAGACAAGGCGUACCUGGCGUGCUUCUCCCCGACGGACGCGAACAACACGCCGGGAAACCUGCGCAUCUCGACGCUGGAGUGGACCGGAGAGGCGCUGAAGGAGGUGCAGUGCGAAAACCACGAGCUGAGGUUCACAGACUCAGCAGAGCUGCUCUGGUCGCCCUCAGGGCAGAACCUGAUAGCAGUGGCGCAGUCGACAGUGGACAUGGCAGGAGAAAAGUACGGCUCAACAGCAAACUGCCUGCUAUACUCGAACACAGGAAGACUCGUGAGCAAAGUAAACACAGCGACGACGCACGACGUUAGGUGGAACCCGAAGAAGGACGAGUUCAUCCUGAUGCAAGGAAACAUGCCGUGCAAAAUCACGCUCUACAACGCGGAACUGGAAACACUGUUCGAGUUCCCGAACAUGUACAGAAACACGAUUAAGUGGAACCCGAUGGGAAACAUGGUAGCCCUAGGAGGCUUUGGAAACCUAGCAGGAGAGAUAUGUUUCUGGUACAAGAAGGAGGAAAGCGAUGAAAUGGAACAAAUAGUGCAAUUCAAGGAGCCAUGUACAGUGAUUUCAGAGUGGUCACUGGACUCGAAGUACUUCAUGACAGCAUCGACGUUCCCGAGAAUGAAGGUGGACAAUUUUUAUAAAAUAUUUAACUGCGAAGGGUACCUGAUCGCGAGCGAGAGCGUAGAUGAGUGCUACGACGUCUCGUGGUUCUGCGGAAACCAGGACGAAAAGGAUUUCAUAAGGCCGAGAGUGAGAAAGUCGCUGGUAAGAAAAGCAGUGUACAGACCGAAGAUGCUGCAGAAGACGACGAAGCAGUCAGUGAGCGUGCCCCCGACGACUAGUCUGACGAACACGAGGUUCUCGAAGGCACCAGGAUCGCCGAUAUUCACAACGCUGAAGAGCACGGGAGAAAAUCCGCUGCUCUACAGUCCGCCUAACGUGAAGAGCCAUGACGCAGGAGCAGCGAAGGAAAAGAUGAGCAAGUCAGUCUUCUCAAACGAACACGGAAACAAAUGCGACCCUUCGACGGACCUGAUACAGUCAUUCAAGCACAUAUUCUCACUGUCGUUCAUGAGGGAGCAGAACCAGAUGAUGGAAAGACAGGCGAACGUAAGAGAUCAGCAGAACUACCGCCAGUACGAAGGCUUCAACGAUCAAAGGAUUGGAACAAACAGCGGAGCCGGAACUAGCAACAUGAACAAUAUGGUUAAUAUGAGUAAUAUGGGUAAUAUGAACAAUUUGAACAAUCUGAGCAAUAUGAUCAACAGCGUUAAUCGCCAGAAGUACGGAGAUAACGUGCGCCAGAACUACACGGGUAACAGCGGAACGCUCAGCGGAAACAACGGACACGGCUCCCUGGGAGCAUUGAGCUCGAGCAGCUAUUUGAGAGGAAGCUACGGUGAUAAUGGAAGAAGCUACGGUGAUAAUGGAAGAAGCUACGGUGAUAAUGGAAGAAGCUACGGUGACAACGGAAAAAUUUACGGUGACAACGGAAAAAUUUACGGUGAUAACGGGCGAAGCAGCUACUCUGAAAGCAGCAGAGCGAGCCUCCAGGAAAGACUUAACUUCCACGAGGGACAGAGGCAGGCCUCGAACGAAGCACGCCAAGGGCUAGGAUACGGAGGGAACGGAAACGGAAACGGAAACGGAAACGGACAACGCAAGAACACCAUAGACGAGUCGAAGCAGAACUCAAUGUUCAUAAGACUGAAGAAUCAGUUGCACUCGGACAAGGCGAAGACGCAGAACCACUCGAUCAUGGACGAGGGACAGCUGCUGAGGCUGCUGCUCGAGGCAAAGAUAAGGUCGAAGCCCAACUGA